AUGGAUCUCCCCAACAAUUCCAUUGUAAAUCCUCUUGCACCUCCACCCACUCAGUGGGAAAAGGGUGGGGGCUGCAGUGCUGGCCAGAAUGCAAAACCAAAGUCCAAUGUCGCCCCACCACCCUACAUGCCUCCCAUUGUGAAUGGUCCUAUCCCAGCUGAUAUGCCUCCAAAUCCCAUCCCUCAGUCUUCAACAGCAGUAGCAACACCUGUCUUCCAUCAGCACCCCACAGACUCCCAUCACUUUGGUUUCAGUGUUCCAGCUCAACAGCGAGGUCAUAUCAUGCCUCCUGGGAUGGAACCUGACCUUCAAGUGCUCAAUAAUCCUUAUAUUGCCACGAUUUGGGGAGACCAAGUUCCCAAUAAUACAUCUCAUCCACCAACACUGCAGCCCAACUACCAGUCUCAGUUUAUCCCCCACCAGCUGCCUGCUACUGUCCCCAACUCUUGUAUUGACCCCUCCCUUGAUAGCUCACUCUCAUCAAGACAAACUUUGGCAACCACUGAUGUUCACCACAAGAGUUUGGAGAAGCUGUCAUCAGAGGGCUCCUCAGAAGAGGAGUUGGAGUCCUUGAGUAAUAACCCCUUGGACACAGAGGUUGGCAAGGUCUCCAGCAGUGAGUUUGACAAAGAUGAGGAUGAUGCAUUUGGAUGGGGUGCAACAAAUCUUAGGCAAUCAACUCAUCCUGGCUUCUCCCAAGAAAUGAUGACAAGCAAUCCUAUUUGCCACAAUUCCUUACCCCCUGACCAUGAGUUUCAGUACUCACACAACAAGGAUGACAAUGCAGCUCUGCAAAGCUUACAAUCCAAGGACAAGGCUCAGCCAGAGGGUUCCCAAUGUGGCACUGUCGUUGACAUUCUUGAAUGCCACCAUCACACUAAUGGCCAUCCUGUUCCCAAUCAUGAUCUUCUGACCCUUGCACAUGACUCGGUCAACAAAAUAUUUCAGUGUGCCAGAGCCCCUCAUAACUCCAAGAAAGCUAAGGAUGAGGACCCAUUGCCUUCACAACUGAGAUUUUACAAGGCAGUAUGGAAGGACUGUCUCAAAGAUGCUAAGCAAGAAUGCAGGGCUGCACAUGCACUUUCUAACCCAUUCCCAUCAAAAUCUCAUGACCUCAACCUCUCCAUAACAGAGGCACUCGUCACUGUCAUUGUUGAGUGGAAUCAACAUGGUGUACAAUUUGAAGAUGGUUACUGGCCUGACCACAAGCAAGAUAUGGCAUGCCUUCUCCUUGGUGAUAUAUCUACCUGGCAUUUGGAAUCAAAGUUGGUUACACUGGCAACCACACCAUCCACAUUCAACCUUAUCCCUCCUUCUGAUGUUGCACCAUGGGUUCAUGUACAAUGGAUAGAGACCGCUGCCACAAAGCUCCUUGACAACUCACUUUUCCUGCAAGACAGUUUCAAUGAGAAUCAUCCUGAGUCCUUCAACAAUUCAGUUCCCCUUUCCUGUCUGGCUCUUGUCACAGCUGCAUAUCAUUGUGUGUUGGACAGAUUUGCGCAGAAUGCCACAGGAAAAAUGAUGCCUCAAUUCUCUGUCAAGGCUUACAAUUCCAUUUUCCAUGGCAUGAUGAAGGUGCUGAAUGACAUCCUUUGUAAUCCCUAUCACAGCACAAGGUUGUGUGAUCAGCUUUCUCAGUGGGUGAAGGAAGGAUGGGCUGCACUGCAAGAGGUUGAUUCAAAUGUAGAGAGGUACCAGCACAUUCAGGCAGUCCUUGAUUGA